GAGAAAGAACCAAGAGUUGUCCGGCACCUGCUGAAGACCAACUCACUCACAAGUGUCCCGUUUUCCAGAUGAGGAAACCGAGCCAGGCCCCCGACCCCCGCUGCGGCCCCAGGACCUCUGGUCAGCCCCACCCCAACCUGCAGCAAGACCAGGGCAUCAUCGAAGAGCAGCACGCGCUCCGCCCGUAGCGGGGUGACCGUCACAGCCCAGCACGGCCCCGCCCAAGCCCAAGCCGCCCCCAUUGACGAAGGAGACCGUGGUGUUCUGGGACAUGCGCCUCUGGCACGUGGUGGGCAUCUUCUCGCUCUUCGUGUUGUCCAUCAUUAUCACUCUGUGCUGUGUCUUCAACUGCCGCGUGCCACGGACCCGGAAGGAGAUCGAAGCCCGGUACCUGCAGCGAAAGGCAGCCAAGAUGUACACGGACAAACUGGAGACUGUGCCGCCCCUCAACGAGCUCACAGAAAUCCCCGGAGAGGAUAAGAAGAAGAAGAAGAAGGAUAGUGUGGACACAGUGGCCAUCAAGGUAGAGGAGGAUGAAAAGAAUGAAGCUAAGAAGAAGAAAGGAGAAAAAUGAGAAGGGCUUCCUGGAGGUGGCAGCUGGGGCUGGAUAGCCCUGGGGCUCAAGUCCAGGCCAGGGUCCAGGCAUCUCGGACUCCAAGCUCACACAUGGACCACAGAGGUUGCAGAACACCCUCUUCUCAGCUCCGACAGGGUGGCUGAGGCCCCAUCGUUACGGCCCGUCAGGGGCAGAGACAGGACUGCCUCAGGUGUCCUGCCUCCCGGCAUGGACUCAGCCCCUGUCGCCUCACCCAUGUGGCUGUUCAGCCAACGUGGUCUCUGGCCACUGUUGCCCUGCAGAUCCAGAUCACACCCACCCGGACGUGCCUCUGUCCCUUCCGUCAGGAACAGCAGUGGCUCUACAGGGUUGACGGGAAGCAGUUUCCUCUCUCCGAAGGGGAUGGCCAAACUGGAUGGGCUGCAGUGUGAGGCCAUGCCCAGAACAGCCACAAGGAGGCAGAGGGUGUCUGGGGGAAGCUUCAGCUCUCAGACCUGGCUAGACAGCAGCCCUGGUGGCCAGAAAACUGUUCUAGGCCCCGUGGGGGUGCUGGCCAGGAUGGUGAACAGAGAGGCCCAGAGGCAGGGGCUCCAGCCCAGCAGAUACCCUGUGCCGAGCAACUGCAAUGGAGUGGAGGCUGCUGGGGGCCUGAGCGGAAGGCCUGGGGGCUCAGGGCUGGGAGCCGCAGGGCUGGGUCAGGGGUGCAGAAGGCUGAGACCAGCAGGCCAAAGGGAGAGGGGAAGAAAGCUGGUACUUGGGCCCCAUCUUGGGGAUCCAGGGAAUCAAGAAGCCCAGGGGAGGCUUGGGCCGUGCUGGCGGUCCCUUCUCUGUGGUGGCGGUGGGGAGGGGGUGUCAGGGCCCUAGGGGAUCAUCGCAGAGGGCAGUUAGGGGCCGGCCACCCCCCGGCUUGUGAAACAGAACAGCACACAGCUUCCUCCUCUACCAUCUCGGCUCUCAUGCCUCAAAACAUCACUGCUGUCCCGAAGGGAAAGGCCCAAAUACCACCUAGAGACUGAAUCUUUGGGGACGGGACACUCAGAGGGGUUUCCAGAUGGCAGCGAACCUCUGCUGAGGCGCUCAGGUCUGAGCCUGGAAACCAGAGGCUCCUGAGCUGGGGAAGCUGCUGGAAAAUCUCUCGCUGCCUCGGCAGCCUGCAGACACUUGUAAAUAAA